UCCGCUUAUCGCCACCUCUCCGCUUCUCUCCGCCUCUCCGCCUCUCUGCCUCAAUUUGCGAACGAUAUGGAGCUUGAGCUACCCAAACGAUUGUAUGCAGAGGGUUCAGAACCUCGGGUUAAGAAGAUCAACAACAGUUGCCGCAUGGAACUUAUCAGAGAUCUGAAGAAAGCUAUGUGUGCCGAGUAUGAUGAUGUGAAGAGAGAUCCAGUUUUCACACAUAUCAUGGCUAUUGCCGAAAAUGAUCUCAAGUUCUCUGGGAAACUAGUGGAUAGCUUCAUAUGUAGGCAGCUGAUUACCUCAAAGCUGCAUGAGAAGUGGUUUGUUUUUGCGAGGACGCCUCUCCGGUUUUCGCUUCAGGAGUACCAUGCCGUGACAGGCCUCAAGAUUACACGGGAAACUAACAGUGACGUAGUGAAAUGGAAAAACGACGGGGGUUUUUGGAGUAACCUACUGCACACAGGUGGUAAGAUCACCUUGCAGUCGAUCAGAAAGGUUCAUCUACAAGAAGUUCACACCUGGACUCGGCUUGAUAGGAUGAGGUUGAUCUACUUGUGUGUAAUAGUGGGUGUGGUGAUGGGGAGAGAUGAGAAGGUGUCCAUCCCUCAUAUGUACAUCAAGUUGGUGAUGGAUUUUGACAAGGUUCGGAAGUUCCAUUGGGGUCUUCACUCGUAUGAUUUCCUGCUGAGUUCGAUUGAGAAGGCUAGGAAGAAGUUGGGUAAGAAGGAGAGCUACAUUUUCGAGGGUUUCUCCUAUGCUCUCCAGAUUUGGAUUAUGGAGGCAAUUCCAGAUUUUGGAGAAAUUUUAGGCAGAAGAGUCUCAGACAGCUUCAAAGGUCCAAGGUGUGGGAAUUGGAAAGGAGUUGCAAAAGUUUCUUAUGAAGACAUCAUUGAGCUCGAGGACUCCUUAACUAACAAGGAUAACUUCUUCUCGGUCAUAUCAGUGACUGGUAAUGGUGAUGUGUUUCUAGAUGCUCAGUACACAAGGGAGGGUGAGAUGGAAGAUGAACGAGUGGACCUUGUUUUGGAGAGGAUCAGGAACAAGUAUGAUUGGAGCAGCACAGACUGGCCAGUUUUAGACCCUGAAGAGUCUAAAAUGGAGGAACCCUGAAGAGUCUAAAGUCGCCUUCAGCAAAGUUUUGUUCUCAAACAAUUGUCCCUUCUUAACAACAUUGAGCACAGAAAACUUUGACAUCUUAUGUAUGUCCUCUUUGGCCGAGAUCAUGGUAUCGGCAUGAUAGGCAUCCUCAUCAACUUCGACUCUUCUAAUCUUUUCUUUCUUUUUCUCGCACUGCCUCUCAACAAACACAGGAGCCGGUUCGUUCCCCCUAUCAACCGAGUUUCCCUCCUCUUGAGCAGAACUUGAAUCAGCUGGCGACUUGUUAAGAUCAAAGUCUGGUUCAUUCAGAUUCUCAACUUUGGCUUUAGACGUUACACACAAUCGAGUAGAAACACACUUUUGAACAAAACCAACAAAAUUCUGAAGCUGUCGAUCAUUCGCAAUGAUCACAGGUGGACAAGUUGAUGUAUUGAUCAACUCAUUAGGUAGAUAACUCAACUCCAAAUCGGGUAAGCUAUCUUCUUCCAUAUCAAAAUCUUCCAAAACCAUUCUUUUAAAAACCUCUAAGGUAGAACUUGAUUCCAAUAACAGUAGCCUAGCCCCUUUCUCAUCAGCCGAAAAAACCCAUCCCGUGGUUGCUCCAAACUCCCAAACACCACAUGUUGUAUAGAUAUGCAUCAUAGAACAAGUUUUUGUGAAAAUCACAAGACAAACUAUAGAAAAAUCAUGGGGAAAUCAUAGAUUGGUGAAGAAGAACAUUCAAAAUCGUUUUUUUUUUAAAUUUUUCACGAAGCAAAUCAAUGAAAACACGUUUUAGGAAGUUAGAAUAUUUUUAGAAUAUUUUUAAAACUGCAACUUCCUUAAUUUUCGAAAAUUCAGUUUUUUUAUCCGUAGAAGGCACCUUCUACACUGUGUAGAACAUAACAAAAUUCCAGAAUGUAAUUUCUACACUAUGUGGACGUUCGUGUAUGUUUUAGAUUUUGCAUUCCUGAUAACUUAGAAUACUCGAUAAAAGUAGAAACAUGUUUCUGAAUAAAAGUAGCGAUCAUUACAAAUAGUAGAAUUCGUAUUCCCCAUAUUUAGAAUUAUAGUAAAAAGUAGUUUUUAUGUUCUAAAACAAGUAGAUGGAUGUGUUCAUUCUAGAAUUCAUUUUCUACUCACCCGUUUUGUGUAGAAACAGAAUUCUACUUUUAGUAGAACGUAAUUUAAAAACAUUAUUUAUUAUGUUUUUCAAACCUAAAAAAAUAUGUGUUUGUGUAAAUGGGUGUUUUAUUAGUUUUUUAUAUUUUUAAUAAUUUUUUUGAUUCUUAUAACUAUUUAUUACAUUAAUUUUAACAUAUGGAAAGGGUAAAAAGGAGAAAAAAUGGAAAAAAAUGGAUUUAUACCAUA